AAAGAGAAAGUCUUUAUUGGGCUUCGAUUGACAUUUCUUACCAAACUUCACACGCAAGCACAUUAUGUUGGCGUCAGAGUGUUGGAGGUAACGUAGUAAAAGAGAAUACUGUAAUUUCUAAAAGCUAGAAAGUGUUCUGGGGCCACAGAAAGGAUGUCUCACAUGCUGAGACUUCUCUCGGCGGCUGUUUUGCCUCUCUGCCGGGCCAGAGGAGCCCGAGGUUGCAUACUGGGUUCAGGAAGCCUCGCGGUACGGGACUGUAGUUUUUUCAGUCAAAGUCAAGCUAAUUUCCUGUCUCGUCAAAGAACCUGGUUAGCUAAGCGAUGCGUCUAUUCCACCGAGCCAAAAGAUGGAAAAGAAGAAGCGCCAGCAGGAGGCGGGGGAGGACGACCAGGAGGAGGGAAGAGAGGAGGUGGAGGGAAAGACUGGUGGAGUCGGAUGCAGAAGGGCGACUUCCCCUGGGAUGAGAAGGAUUUCCGCUACAUGAUGCUCACUGUUGGUGGAGUCAGCUCGAUGCUGCUCUACUUCUACUUCCGAGACACGGGCCAAGAGAUCAGCUGGAAGGACUUUGUGCACCGCUACCUGGGCAGAGGCCUGGUGGAGCGGUUGGAGGUGGUUAACAAACAGUUCGUCAGAGUCAUCCUGGUACCAGGAGCGGAUGCAGAGGGGAGUUAUGUGUGGUUCAACAUCGGCAGCGUUGAUACAUUUGAGAGGAAUCUUGAGGCUGCACACAUGGAACUGGGCCUGGAGCCGUCACACCGGGCCGCUGUCAUCUACAGCUCUGAGAGUGACGGCUCCUUCUUUAUGAGCAUGAUUCCUACUCUGUUGCUGAUUGGCUUUCUGCUGUUCACACUCCGGCGUGGACCAAUGGGAGGAGGCGUUGGUGGAGGAAGGAACCCCUUUAGCAUGAGUGAGUCGACAGCCAAGAUGAUGAAGGACAACAUAGAUGUCAAGUUCAAGGAUGUGGCUGGCUGUGAGGAAGCAAAGCUGGAGAUCCUGGAGUUUGUGAACUUCCUCAAAAACCCACAGCAGUACCAGGACCUGGGAGCCAAGAUACCCAAGGGUGCUGUUCUGUCUGGACCUCCUGGCACAGGAAAGACUCUGCUGGCCAAAGCCACAGCAGGAGAGGCUAAUGUCCCCUUCAUCACAGUCAAUGGCUCAGAGUUCCUGGAGAUGUUUGUUGGGGUCGGUCCAGCCAGGGUGAGGGACAUGUUUGCCAUGGCGAGGAAAAAUGCACCAUGCAUCCUCUUUAUUGAUGAGAUUGAUGCUGUGGGGAGAAAGAGAGGAGGAGGAAACUUUGGGGGACAGAGUGAACAGGAGAACACAUUAAACCAGCUGCUGGUGGAGAUGGAUGGUUUUAACACAGCUACUAAUGUAGUGGUCCUCGCUGGAACCAAUAGGCCGGACAUCCUGGACCCUGCUCUGAUGAGACCAGGACGCUUUGACAGACAGAUUUUCAUCGGUCCUCCAGACAUCAAAGGCAGGGCUUCCAUCUUCAAAGUUCACUUGCGACCAAUCAAACUGGAUCACAGUCUGGAUAAGGAGGCUCUAGCAAGGAAAAUGGCAGCUGCCACACCAGGAUUCACUGGUGCUGACAUUGCUAAUGUGUGCAAUGAAGCAGCAUUGAUAGCUGCUAGGCACCUGAGCCCCGCCGUCAACCCAAAGCACUUUGAGCAGGCGAUUGACCGCGUCAUCGGAGGCCUGGAGAAGAAGACUCAGGUCCUGCAGCCAACAGAGAAGAAGACUGUAGCAUAUCAUGAAGCCGGCCAUGCCAUCGUGGGCUGGUUUCUGCAGCAUGCCGACCCGCUGCUCAAAGUGUCCAUCAUUCCACGGGGGAAGGGCUUGGGUUACGCUCAGUACCUGCCCAGAGAGCAGUACCUCUACACCAAAGAGCAGCUGUUUGACAGGAUGUGCAUGUUGCUGGGAGGGCGAGUGGCUGAGCAGGUCUUCUUUGGACGAAUAACCACAGGAGCUCAGGAUGAUUUGAAGAAGGUCACACAGUCGGCCUAUGCGCAGGUGGUGCAGUUUGGGAUGAGUGACAAGGUGGGGCAGGUGUCGUUUGACCUGCCCCGGCAGGGUGAGAUGGUUUUGGAGAAGCCUUAUAGCGAAGCGACAGCUGAGCUCAUUGAUGAGGAGGUCAGAGGACUAGUGGACCGAGCGUAUGAGCGCACCCUGCAGCUGAUCACCGACAAGAAGGACCAAGUGGACAAGGUGGGGAAGCGUUUGCUCGAGAAGGAGGUGCUAGACAAAGCAGACAUGGUGGAGCUGCUGGGUCCUCGGCCAUUCCAGGAGAAGUCAACCUACGAGGAGUUUGUGGAGGGGACGGGGAGCUUCGAGGAAGACACGAGCCUUCCAGACGGCCUCAGGGACUGGAACCAGCAGAGAGGAGGGGAGGCAGAGGAGACAGACCCAACCCAGAACAGACAGCAGGCGGUGUAGGAUCUGAGGAAUCAGGAGAAAAUUCAUCCAGCUGGACAGAAAUACAUGAAGCUGCUGACUCUGUUUCUCUCUACCUGACUGUAGACCUCUACCUGACAGGCUAUAUAAAUAUAUAUAUAUAGCUGCACCAUAGUCUUCCAUCAGAGGGCUAUGGUGCAGCUAGCAGUCAACUAUUUCUCUUCAGAGUGGAAUGAUCUUUACAUGGCCUUAAGAUUCUCCCCCUCUAGAUCCUGCCACGUUUAACUACGUCAGGACAGAACAGAGUGAACAUAAUGCUUUCUUUAUUUAUUCUUUUACAAAAUGUCUGUCCUCCUGAUAAUGAGGAAGAAAUACUUGACUCGAGGAAUGUUUAUGCGGCCAAACAAGGCUGAAAUGUUUUUAGAAAUGAAUCAGAGGUUUUUUCACCGACCUGGAACAACUCGUCUCAACAUUCUGCUUCAAAACAACACAGCAAUUUUCAUUUGUAUUUUACCUCAGCUUGGACUUGGAUUUUAAUCAUAAACUGUGCGAUAAUGACUGAGACAUUUUGUACGCCACUGUUCUAACAUAAAAAGAAUAAAGGAUUUAGUUUUCUGAAAUUAAAGCAUGCUUUACAAAGCUAUAAAAGACGGUCACAGGUGCCUGUAGAUUUUACUUUCAGGUUGAACAGUCACACUACAUUCUGCUUAGCAGAUAAAACCUGCUUUAUUCUGUGUUGUCUGUGGUUUCAGUGGUUUUCAAGGUGUGAAGCAACUUGAUUAACCUUGUUUUGGUUAAUAAGGUUAACCAGAACUUAACUUUGCUUUGAUUAAGUUUAGUCUUUCUAUCUUGAGCAUCUUUAAUGUCAUCUUCAACUUUUAAAUGCGAUUGUGUUGAGGAUGCCUCGAUGUGGUUGGAAAUGGAAAAGUUUUCUGACCUUGUUGCAUAUUCUACUCAUUCAAAGAUAACAUGAUGUUUUUGUAGCAUCUCGGAUACAGUCACAUCCUCACACCGUGGUUGACAUUAACAUGGCUGUUAAUCAGACUUUUGCCUUUGAGUUAUUGCAGCUGCAAAAAAACUCUUGAUCUUGAGGAGUUUAAUUCUGUAAUUUAUUUAUACAGUGUUGCUUGAAAGUUUGUGCACCACCCAAACAUGGUCAUUGUUUUUCUAAAGAAAAAUCAUCAUGUGAAAUGGAUAUAAAAGACAUAUUUUUAUCAUUUAUUCAACAAAAGAUUUUUUUUCUGUCAAAAUCAGAAAAUCUGCCUGUUUCAGAUCUAAUCAAAGUCUGGGAUUGAGAUCCGGACUUUGACUGGGCCAAUCCAGAGUGCGAAUCUUCUUACUUGUAAGUUAUUCUUUGGUACUUUUGCUGAAUGCUUUGGAUUGUUUUGUUGCAUAAUCCUGUUCCAUCCCAGCUUCAACUCCCUGACUGAUGACAGGAGAUUCUGGUCAAGAAUUUGUUGAAAGUCCUGGGAGUUGAUGGUUCUCUGGACAAUAUGGAGUCAUCCAGGUCAGAAGGCAGAAAAGCAGGCCCAGACUUUCACAUUUCCACCACCAUGCUUCACUGCUGGAAGGAGGUUCUUCUCUUUACAACGUGUUCCAAAUUAUUAUGCAAGUGAUAUUUUCUCAGAUUUUCCUAAAUGCAAAUGAUAGUCAGUAUAAUUUUUACGUCAUGAACUAUUACAGUACAAAUUUUACUGGACAAAGCUCCCCAUGAGAACAGUAUUUUUUUCAAAAAUAAAAAACUCAAAAUGUUCCAAAUUAUUAUGCACAGCAGAUUUUCUAAACAUUUUAUGGAUUAUAAAGAACUGUAAACAGUCACUCUUUGAAUAUAUAAUGUUUUCAUACCUUGUCAUAUGGCACUGCACUAUCUGAUGAUUUUCGUCAGCAGAGAGCCUUUCUCUUUCCCAUAUUGCUUGAAACGUGUGGCCUGCUUAAUAAUGUGGAACAUCCUUCUUAACUAAUUUCCUUUAAUGGAGCUCACCAGACAAACUAAUCAACCCAGCUCUCUGAAAUUAAUUAUAGUGUUUCAAAGAACCCUGAUACACAAUAUCAUCUAUAAAUUUAAUAGCACAACAAUUUUUUUUUAAAUCUUUGACAAAUCCAAUUUGCAUGACAAUUUGGAACGUGGUGUAAAUGCAGUGAUUUUUAUCCAAACCUGUGAUUGAGGCCAAAUAAUUAUAUUUUGGACUCAUCUGUCCAGAGAAUUGACUCCCAGAAAGGCUCUGGUUUGUCCAAGUGCUCUCUGGCAAAGUUUAAACAGGCUGCUUUGUUCUUGCUUGAGAGCAGAGACUUCCUUCUAGCAACUCUCCGAUGAAUACCACUUUUAUUGAUAUUUUCCCUGAUUGUAAACAUGUACAUUUAUCCCAGAGGUCUGCAACUCUCUGGAGGUGAUGUGUGGGUUGACCUUUACCUGCAUUAUUGUGUUUCUGGUGGUUCUUUGUGUUAGUUUUGACAGCCGCCAACUUCUUCGCAGAGUUGUGGUGACGCCUAGUGCCCUCCAUUUGUAAAUGAUUUGUCUUACAGUGGAUGGAUGAAGCUGUAAUCUUUUAGAGAUGGUUUUAUAGCUUUCUCCCGACUGAUGGGCUGUCACCACCUUCUUCCUGUUUUCCUCAGAUGUCUCCUUUCCUCUUGGCAUUGUUGAUCUGUUCUUUAUGCCUUGACCCAACAGUGGUUUGGUUAGUUUCCUCUCCCUUGCGCCUCAAAACCUUUUCUAAUGAUGUCUCAUUUGAUUGGUCUGUUUAGUUGAUUACUUGAGCACACACAUGUGUUACACCUGAGUCUUUUCCCUAAUUGACUUUACCAGUGCAGCUGUGGUUCAAUUACUUUUGCAGAUGCUCUGAUUCCAUGUUUUAUAUAGUCUGCUUGCAAUUCACACAUUUCCCUCAAAACAAGUAAAUGGAAUCGAUGAACAUAAAUCUGACAUUUCAUAUACAAGAACUGGUAAUGAGAAAAUAAGAAAAUUGUGGUUAAAAAAAAGAAAAAUCUGAACUACUCAACCAGUUUACAUGCUUCCAAGCAGCACUGUGUAUAUAUUUAUAUUUGAUCUUAUUUCACUACUUGGAGAGAUGGCUACAGUGUCACUUGAUAGUAUGCUUCAUUGGGUUGCUAAUCCCUUCACAAUUUACAUAACAUCCUGCCUCAGUUGUCAUCACUGUAAUCCAGCCUUUAAUAUAAUAUUUAUUCAUGACAAUGUCUCAAAAUAUCAGUUAAGGUCAGAAGAAAUUCUAGCAGACUCAGGACCUACUAGGACUAGGUGCAUGAUAAUUUAAUGUUGUCUGAGUUUAGAGGAAGCAACUACGAGAUUAUUUCUGACAUUUGGUGCUAAAAUAGCUUUUUCUGUCAAUAUCUGUGUUGUCUUUUUUUUAUAGGUUCAACUGAAGGAAGUCCACAGGAAUAUGCUGAUACAUUCAUACUCCAUUGUGUUUUGGGUACUGAGUGUUUCAUGAGUUUAAAAAAUAAAUAAAUAGAUAUUUAAAAGAC